AUGAAUCAAAAAGUAGAUCUGUGCAUCUUGUGUGCUUUUGAGUGGGAGAAUGGAGAAAAGCCCUUACAAGGCUUAGCCGCUUGUCUUGUGGAAAGUGGUGAGGUAUGCUUUUUUUUUAAAGGUGAAGUUACAGUGCAAACUGGAGAUCUGUUGCCGUGUAGGAUCUGUGGGAGGACUUUCUUUCCAGCAGCACUGAAAAAACAUGGACCCAUUUGCCAAAAAACUUCUGCCAAGAAAAGGAAGACAUUUGAUUCCAGCCGUCAGAGAGCGGAAGGAACUGACAUUCCCACAGUAAAACCUCUUAAGCCACGGCCAGAGCCCCCCAAAAAACCAUCCAAUUGGAGACGAAAGCAUGAAGAAUUUAUAGCAGCUAUACGAGCAGCCAAAGGGCUUAAUCUUAAAGAUGGAAAGCUUCCUCCACCACCUCCACCAUCGUAUGAUCCUGAUUACAUUCAAUGUCCAUAUUGCCAGAGGAGAUUUAAUGAAAAUGCAGCUGAAAGACACAUCAAUUUCUGUAAGGAACAAGCAGCGCGCAUUACUAAUAAGGGGAAAAUGGCUGCUGAUACGAAAGGGAAGCUUCCUACUCGAACACAGUAUAAACCUGCUGCAGUGAAGAAGAUGCCUUCUACAGGAUCAGCUCCAUCACCAUCAUCAUCACGCUUGCCACAGCCAAGCAGUGCUAGCAAAACUGUUGGAGGUGUCUCUUCAAGUAAAGCACUAUCUUCAUCUGGGUCUGGAGGGAGCAAAAUUCAAACACUAUCACCAGCUCAUAAAAACUCGCUGGGAAUGGUGAACCCACAGGCAGGUAAGAUGGACAAGUUAGGCCCACCUCUGCGAACUGGAAGAGAUGUGCAAAGGUUGUAUGACACUGAUAGAAAAACAGACAGUACCGUCAAAAGACCAAAUGAGUUGUUGCCUAUUAAGAAAGGUACAACAAAAACACGGACUUCAACCCCUCCUAGUGUGGCAAGAGCCAUGAGCACUGGGGCUUUAACAAACAAGAGAAAAACUAGUAAUUCAGAAAAUUAUUCAAGGUCUGAAAGUAAAAUUGGGUAUGAUAGUGGAGACCACCCAUCCUCAGUCAAUGGCGGGAGCUCAAAGAGCAGCGAGGGAAAUUCACCUGUUCACUUAUCAAAAUUCUGUCACGAGUGCGGAACAAGAUACCCCGUGGAAUGGGCAAAGUUUUGCUGUGAGUGUGGGAUUCGAAGGAUGGCUGUGUGAACGCCUUCUGAAAAGCAAAAAGCAAAUGAGAAGCCUAGAGUGUCUGUUACACACUGCUGCAUGGAAAGCUAGAGCACUCCUUCCAGGUAGAGUUCAUGCUGCAAACCUAUCGGAACAUCAUACUGUAACUGUCUGCGUGCAAUCUGCUGGUUACAUAGUAAUUUAUAUAUAAAUAUGUAUACUGUAUAUAGAAAUAGCAGGUACCUAAAACUGUGCCAUUUGAGGAAAUACUCUUUAAUCUCUGUUGGAAAUAUUUUGAAGUAAGGUAGAAACAUACUAUGUAACUUAGGUAGCAGAAAUGGUUCUGUGUUUUUACUUAUGUAAUCCUAGUAGGUAAAACAUUAUUUAAAUCAUCUAUGAGGUGCCUCACCCAUAGGAAACCAGCCAU